GGGCCGGUUCCGGGCCUCCCACGGUUGGGGGCCGGCCCGGGCUGGACUUCCGUGCCAAGCCGCACCGCCCAGCAGGAAGUCGGGGCAGGACGCGGCGGCGCUCGGACAGGCGCUUUCCGCGGUGGGCCCCUGCUCGGCCCCAGAGAGGCGGCGGGGCCGGACCACGGGCGGAAUGCGCGGCGGGGCGCGCUCGGCGGGGCUGCGGAGGGCGCUCCUGCUUCAGCUGCUGCUCGGCCACGUUGUGCCUUCAAAGGAUGUCCAGCCAAGCUGCGUCACGGACUUGGCCACUGCCUUGGUUUGCCACUGGGAUGUGGACGCUUCCGUCAACUGCACCAAGGAGUUCCAGCUUCUUUAUAGGACAGAUGAUUCACAGCCAUUCUCCGAGUGUGUUCCUGAGAAUGAACAUGGCCCAGGUGCUGCCUCGACUUGCUCUUGCGUCAUCACAGGGAACAAGUUCAGUUCUGUCAAGUAUGAUUUACAACUGUACAGGAUGCAGAUCUGUCUCUCAAGCACCACUGUGAAUCCAGAAGACAUAGUGAAGCCCAGGCCCCUGGUAAACCUGACUCUGGAGAAAAAGAGGAAGGCGCGCUCCUUCGUCCUCACGUGGCAAACAGACUACAAGCCAGGAGACAGACUUUACAAAGAGGAUGUCACCUAUCAAGUCACCUACUGGCCCAAAGACCAAAGGGAGAAGGAGCAGAACUACACAGUGCAGUCACCAUGCUAUGAAAUCUUUGCUGACCGCCUCGUGCCAGAAGCCACCUAUGUUGCAGCUGUGCGGUAUCAGCUGGUUUGGUGGGUAAAGACCUGGAGCGAGUGGAGCACCCCCUGUGAAUGGCAUAAUGAUUUUGAGCGAAAACCAGAAGAUGUACUCUGGAAGUCCAUUUACUGGUUGUCUGCACCUGUCGUGGCCAUAAUCCUAACCUGCUACCUCUGCUUUCUCAGGGUGAAGAGGGAUUGGUGGGACCGAAUCCCGAGCCCAGCAAAGAGCAAGAUGGUGGAGGCCACAGCGAGAGCGUUCCCGGUUGUGCAGAAGGGCGAUGGCAGGACCGCCUUCCGUGGCACCUGGAAACUGAACGCUCUGAGCAAACGUUCCGCCGUGCUCGCUGGCCCAGCUGCAAAGGAGAAGACUCCUCAGGAUGGCCCUGGUGGGAAACCGGAGGUGUUCCUUACUCCUGAGGUUGCUCUGGUGGAGUGCCCGCUGCUCAUGUACAGCAGAGCUCCAGCAACCAAAGGGGAAGCCCUGGACAGAGGAGAGCAGGGUGGCCUGCCUCGAGAAGAUCCUGUGGCAAGCCUCUUCGAUGACCUUCUGAACGGCGACUGGCACUCAGGGAGCAGCGGGAGCUGCGAACCUCCCACCUGGGGACAGGAACCGGGGCCCCUCCGGGCUGCUCCUCACCUUCCCCUGGAAACCCCUGUAGAGGAGCACAGCUGUCGAGCUGCCGGUGGGGGGCUAGAGACAACCUCUGAGACUGGCCUGCGGAUGGAGCCCGCUACUUCACCCAAGCCAGGGAGCCCGCCACUCAAAGAGUGGCCAGAAUAUGGCGCCUCCUUUCCGGAAGCCCAGCCUGAAGGGUCGGCCCCAAACCCAGCAGAUCCCCUGCUGGGAACUGUGGGACGCGGCCAUGUCGAGGGCUAUGAAAGCAGGAGCGGCACCUCCAUGGCCAGCCAGUCUGGCUACCGGUGCUUCAGCAGCUUGGUGGCCCAGCCCAUGGUUGGUUCCAGUCAGGGCUGGGAGCACGGAGUGUUUCCUCCGCAGGGGGACCAGCUCCUGCCACAGUGCAGCUGCGCAAGGCCCUGCCUGGACUCCUGGCCUGCCGACCCUCAGCCAGAUCUCCCAGGAGACCAGGCGGCAGGGUGGCUCUCCCCCGGCAGAGUGGCCACAACAGGUCUGGGCUUCCCAGCAGUGCCAGGAGGAAGGCUGGAAGCUCCUUUGCAGGAUGUCCCUGGGAAGCCAGGCCAUGCCUCUUGCCCCGCUGCCUCUCUCUCCGCCGGGUACAAACCCUUCAGCACGGCACUCCAAAGCAGCACAGCAUCUGGGGAGCCCUGCAGCCUGGCCCUGGAAUCCCCAUACCGGCCCUUACUCAUGCUGAGGAACGGUCCCGCAGGAAACCCUGGCUUUCUUUAGCCCCAGCCAGGGGACACCGGCAGGGGGAGACUGGCCCAGCCAGGCAUGCCUGGGGCAGGCCCCGUGCCCUGCCUCAGUGAGGAAUGGGAUCGCACGGUACUGGUUCCAGAAAGAGGGGUGAGGCAAGGGCCAUGGUGCUUCCGUGCAGCUGCGAUGCCUGGGGAGUGGGAGGAAUCCAUCCAAUGGCCGAUGGACCUCCGAAGCAAGGGACACUGGAGCCGCUCUCCAUGGGUGCCGCUGCACAUGCCUCGCUGCUGGACUCGGGACAGGGAAGGCUUGCUGCCAUUUCACAGCCAGGCAGCACUGCAGAGACAUGGUCCAUUCCCAUAGGGGUGGAGGAGCGCAGACCUGGCCCAGCAAAGAGCCAGCUUGUGUACAUGCAUGUGCGCACACUCCUUACACAUACGGCGUGAAGAGGGGGGAGCCGAAGCUGAAUGUGCACGGCUUCCUGCCUGCCUGGGGUUUGUUUCAGCUUUCCUAGCUGCAGCCAGCCAGGUUGCGAUGCCCGGUUCCCGCCAGAGCUGCCUGUGGGCACCAGGCCAGCGGAGCCCUGCGCUCCUCCCACUCUGGUGGGGUCGGCUCUGUGGUCCUCGCAAUGUCCCACCAGAGGCAGCCCGAACCUGCUUUCGAGGGCGCAUGCAGAGGGAGGGCCUGGAGAUCCUUGUGGCCAGGCUGCUCCAGAGCACGGCCAGCCUGAGAAGCUGCUUCUGGGGGGCAGCUGUGCUGCAGCAUCCCCCCUUGGGACCACCUGCUCCUGGCUCCCAGCACAUCAGCCUGCUAAGCACAGCUGCCAGCACUCUGCCUGUUAGCCAUACCAGCUGGAGCUGAUGGGGAAGGCAGCCCAACACCCCAGAGGAACAGGGGCAAGGGAGACCUGCCUGUGCUGCUGGCCCACUCCCGGGUCAACCACAGGGGCUGCACCAGGGCACACUGGCCCACAGACCGGCCUGUGGCCGCCGUGCCCUGCUGCCCUCCGUGCUCGUCCGUGGCGGCUGGCGGCGCCGGCCCAUGAGCAGCCCACUUGCAGGCGGGGCUGUCAGUCCUGACGCAGCCAGAAAGGCUGGGAGGAAUGGAGGCUGCAGCUGCCCCCACCCCAGCCCAGCCCAGCCCAGCCUGCAGCCAUCCCUGUUCCUGUCUGUGCAAUACAAAGUGCUUGGGAAAGCGCCCUAUAUUCUAGCAUUAAACCUUUUUAUGAAGAAAAUCA